CACAUAUACGGAAACUUUGCAAUGAGUCAGUCUGAGGAAACCAAAGAGGCGUCUGUGUCCAUAAAUGAAGGUCGGUCCUAUGAAAACGGCACACAGGUCAGACCUCAGAGGAACGAGGAGAAAAACUCCACAUCUGAUUCACAGAGUCUUUCCCUAAAAAAUCAGAAAUCCAUGGAUAAUCCUCCGACUUUCCAAAAGGAAGAUGGAGCUUCAAUGACAGAGCAGACGAAGCUCCCCAUAAAACAGAACAAAUCCUUGAAUUACCCAAUUGGUUUCAAACAUUUGAUGCGGAGAACAAUAAGCUCUCCUACACCAAGUGUUGUGUCCCUGAAGAGCAACGACUCAAUGAAUUACCCUAUUAAUUUUAAACGUUCUUCAUUUUCAGGCUUAAGAAAUAAAACGGGAAACUCUUCCACACCGAGCGUUGUGUCCCUAAAGAGUGAGAACUCUAUGAAUUACCCUACUAACUUUAAAAGUUCUUCAUUAUCAGGUUUCGGAAAUAAAACGGGAAACUCUUCCACACCGAGCGUUGUGUCCCUAAAGAGUGAGAACUCUAUGAAUUACCCUACUAACUUUAAAAGUUCUUCAUUAUCAGGAUAUAAAACAGGAAACUCUUCCACACCGAGUGUUGUGUCCCUAAGGAGUGAGAACUCUAUGAAUUACCCUACUAACUUUAAAAGUUCUUCACUUUCAGGAUCUGAUGACGAAAUACUAGAGGAGACCAGCAAUUUUCAUGGAGACCUUCAUAAAGUUUUUGAGAGACUUGAGAGGGAAACUGUCACUCUUGUAAGGAACGAACUGAAGAAGCUGCAUCAGCUGUUUACUCCCAAUUACCAGAAACCCCUUUGGACACAUGAUGUGAUCGGAGACGUGUUUCACUGUGAGGAAAGAGAGAAGAUCCUUACCGGAGAAGAAGAGGAGGUCAUGAACUUCCUGAGGGAGUUUCUGAGGAUGAUGAAGCAUGAAGACUUUGCUGAUGCUCUGUCGUCCAGUCACUCUGUCAGAAGCCCAUCUCAGGACAAAGAUGAGUCACAUGUGACCAAACUCUCUGAACUUGAUGACCAGCAGCUCAAAUCUGAGAGUAACAAAUUAAGACCUCAAGUCAGAAUCCCCCCACAGGCAGACAUGGACACAACAUUUAAGAAUCUUGAGGGGAACAUUGUUGUGUUUGUUGAGAAUGAGCUGAGAAGUUUUCAUAAGCUCCUAAACAGAGAACCUGUUCAUAACCAAGAUGAGGAUGAAGACGUGAUAAACUGGGAGGAGGAAGAGCAGAAGAAAAUGUCCAAAGAAGCUUUUCUGGACAUUACCUUGAAGUAUUUGAGAAGAAUGAAGCAAGAAGAGUUGGCCUUUGCUCUACUAAACAAAAGUGUUAUGUCUAAAUGCCAAUCUAAACUCAAAUCCAACCUGAAGAUGAGACUGGAAUAUGUGUUUGAAGGAAAUGCCAAAGAAGGUCAUCCAACCCUUCUCAAUAAGAUCUACACUGAGCUCUACAUAACUGAAGGACAUGAAGAGGCCAUCAGUGAUCAUGAAGUGAAACAUUUUGAAAAAGCUCUCAGAAAGACAGUUAAACCACUAACAAUCAGACGCGAAGAGCUCUUCAAACCCAUUACUGGAAGAGAUAAACCAAUCAGAACAGUGAUGACAGAGGGAGUAGCUGGCAUUGGAAAAACAGUCUUGACACAGAAGUUUGCUCUGGACUGGGCUGAAGGAAAAAAUAACCAGGACAUCCAGUUCACAUUUCCAUUUUSCUUUAGAGGRCUGAACWUGGUGAAGGAGAAAAKGUUCAGUUUGGUUGAACUUAUUCAUCUCUUCUUCCCUGAAAUCAAAGAAGCAGGAAUCUACAGUUUUGAUCACUUCAGAGUUUUGUUCAUCUUUGAUGGUCUGGAUGAGUGUCGAUUUGUUCUGGAUCUGAAAACCAAAGAGGUCCUGACYGAUGUUAGACAGUCYGCAUCAUUAGAGGUACUGCUGGCAAACCUUAUCAAGGGGAGGCUGCUUCCUUCAGCUCRMRUCUGGAUCACAACUCGACCUGCAGCGGCCCAUCUGAUCCCUCYUCAGUUUGUUGACCUGGUAACGGAAAUCCAAGGAUUCAAUGACCCUCAGAAGGAGGAGUACUUCAGAAAGAGAUUCACAGAGGAAGAGGAAAGCAGAAGGAUAAUUUCUCACAUCAAAUCAUCAAGAAGUCUCUACAUCAUGUGUCAUAUUCCUGUUUUCUGCUGGGUCAUUGCUACUGUUCUAGAAGACGCCAUUAAAGCCAGAGAAGAAGCAGACCUACCCAAAUCCCUGACAGAGAUGUAUAUCCUCUACCUGGUGGUUUUGUCCAAGGUGAAAAAUGUCAAGUAUGAUGAAAAGGCUGAAAAAAAUGCCUUCUGGACUCCAGAGACCAGGGAAAUUAUUACAUCCUUGGGAAAACUGGCCUUUGAGCAGUUAAUGAAAGGCAACCUGGUUUUCUAUGAAUCUGACCUGACUGAGUGCGGCAUUGAUGUCAGAGCAGCCUCAGUGUAUUCAGGGGUGUUCACAGAGAUCUUUCAGGAGGAGAAAGGGUUUUUCCAUCAGAACAUGUUCUGCUUUGUCCACUUGAGCAUUCAGGAGUUUUUGGCUGCUCUUCAUGUCCAUCUGACAUUCAUCAACACUGGAGUCAAUCUGCUGGCCGAAGAGGAAUCAGUCUCACCUGGGUCAAAGAUGUCUGAAGAACAAUUUGAGCAGUUCUACAAGACAGCUGUAAAGAAAGCUAUUGAUGCUCCUGGUGGCAAACUGGAUCUGUGUCUGAGGUUCCUUCUUGGUCUUAAUCUGGAAACCAAUCAGAGGCUCCUCCAAGGCUUUGUGACAAAAAGAAAAACAUCAAGCAGUUCCUUGAAAGACAUAGUUGAAUACAUCGAGAAGCAGAUUGAAGAUAUUCGGUGUCCCUUUGAUAAAGCCAAUUUAUUUCACUGUCUAAAUGAACUGAAGGAACUUUCUUUAAUGACAGAGAUUGAACAAGUCUUGAAAUCAGGAAAACUGGAGACAGAAAAUCUGUCAAAAGCUCAGUGGGCAGCACUGUUCCACACUCUGCUGUCUUCAGAGGACUAUGAGAAAAACUUUGAUCUGAGAAAACUCAGUUGCUGUUUCCUGAAUGAGACAGCCUAUACCUUUGUGGGAAAUAUUCUCGGCUAUUCGUGCUGUUUAUUGAAAGAUUUGGACCUGAGUAACAACGACAUGAAAGAUUCAGGACUGAAGCUGCUGUGUGACGGCAUUUCCAAAACAGUCUGUAAACUUGAAACUUUAAGCCAUGAUCGUUGUGCCGAUUACCUUUCUAUUGGAUCCAAACACCUGGACCAGCUGACGGCGUCCAUCAGUCCACGUCAGCCAGAUCAUCACAACGUGGACUAA